GUCAAUCGUGCUUCAGCAGCGCGUAUUAUUCAUGGUCCGCAAUCCAAGUGUUUAAAAAGCCCAUGGUAUAGCCAGAUUACCGGCAAUCCCGACAAAGUUAACUUGCUAGGUUUGAGAGAUCAUGGGAUACACCGGGGACGUCGGAGAGCAUGGGACAGAGGUCUCGGGCCAAAAGCACUCUCCAGCUAUCAACCCCAGAUUCAGAAAAAGGUCAACACCUUGAUCAAACAACUCAAAGACAGACAAGACAAAGAUGUCGAAGUCACCCAAUGGACUCAAUAUUACUCUUUCGAUGUCAUGGGAGAGAUCACGUUCAAGAAGGACUUUAGACAGCUUGAAGAAGGUGCUGAGCAUUAUGCAAUUACUGCCAUGCACGCUCAGCUAGAACAGGUUGGUGUCCUCGGUGCAGUUCCAUGGUUGCUACAUUUGCUCGUCCGUAUCCCUGGUCUCGCUGGCCCGUACGCGAUCUUCAACAAAUACUGCAUUUCACAGAUAGAGCAACGAAAAGCGGAAUGGCACCAGGAUGCAGAAAAAAGACCGACUGAUGUCAUCUCCUGGCUAUUAAAAGCAAAAGAUGACGGUGAAGCUGGUGCCUCAACUACCGAUUUAUCUCUAUAUGAUGAAGGCAGACUUGCAAUUACUGCUGGAAGUGACACCACUGCCACAACGAUUGCGAACGUCUUGUACUAUCUUGCUACUCAUCCAGUGGUCUAUAAAAGAUUGCAACAGGAGGUUGAUGAAGCAGAUGGUACCCAAGAUAUUGCCCAACCCCUUCCGUACCUCGAGGCGGUCGUUAACGAAACCCUCCGCUUGAAACCAGUUGUACCUAGUGGUCAAUGGAGGGUCACACCUCCAGAGGGUCUCUUCAUUGAUGAGGUUUGGAUUCCGGGAAACACCAUCGUGGUUGUUCCUCAGUAUCUACUACAACGCGAUGCACGCAACUUUUCUCGUCCAUUGGAGUUCAUCCCGGAACGAUGGCUCGAGAAAGACCAAGGCCUGGUUUUCGAUGACAAGGCUUUCUUCCCUUUCACUAUAGGUCACUAUUCGUGUGCAGGCAAGCAACUGGCAUAUCUGUCAAUGCGCAUCGCUCUCCGGUCUAUUGCAAGGGAGUUUGAUAUCUCGUUGGCACCGGGGGAGGAUGGGAAGUUUUUCGAUGAAAAUGCCAAGGACACUUUUACCUUGGCAUUACAACCUCUCCAUUUGGUUUUCAGCGGGCGGAAGGGCUAA